CUCCAUCCUUGAUGCCAUUCAAGAUUCUAAGUGGACCUGUAUGGACAGCGAAUCACCCAGGUUGUACAAGCUUUUCUCGAUGGGACGUCUUCCCCAACCCUUGGUUACAUCGUUGGCCAGAUGUACAAGCGAGCCCAAGAGGCUCCAUACAAGCCGAACAAUCCAUCGCCUGGGCUGUCAAUCACGUAGCCCACAUCAUGCAUGACAGAUUCACCCAUAUGAUAUUGCAUGAUGCUGGGCUCCAUCUACGUGCAUGUCCUCAGCAAGAGAACACCCAACAAUGCCAUGGCCCUCAUAUCACAACACAAGUGUCUUUUGCAGCUUGUAAGACAAAGCAGCAGAAUAUAUGGCUUUAUCCUGUUAAACCAAGCCAACUUCCCAGCUCUGUGUUGAGCCCUCUAUUUUUUUGCCACCAAGGC